UCCUCCACCAUCUCUCCCUCCCUCUCUGGCCGUCUCUCCAGAUUCAUUUCGCUGACUCGUCCCGGCAUCACCACCUGCCCGAAGAGGGUUCAGGGCGCCCCGGAGUGUACGGCAGGGCAGCAUCCCUCGGCUCCGCUACUCCCCCGCUCCAACCGCCUUCCAGAGGGAUUCCCCUGCACGCACGCACGCCGCGGGACCCAGGCUGUCACGCAAACACCCCCCGGAGUGGUUGGGCGGCUCAGGGGACCCUCAAGCACUAUGAGGCACGUUACGUAAGUCCGGGAGCAGCUCUGCGGCGCGCACAUCCCUCCUUCUCCAGGGUCUCGUUUGCUUUUAGUAGUCGCCGAGCCCAGCGGUGGUUCACCACGGAGUUCGUCUGACAAUGGCCAUCAACACGGACGCGCAUUUUGAGAAAGAAAGUCUGGGGGGCGGUGGCUCGAGCCUUCCCGCCGACUCUCAGGAAACGGACAAACUUUUAAACGCUGCUUCUGAGCCGAAAGGCGAAAACGGUCUCAAGUCGCCCGACUCGUAUUCGGUCAGCAUGCAAGAGCCGGACCAGAAUGGACACGGCAUGCAGUUCAGGUCCAGCUCUUCGGGGCAGCUCGGGGACCCCCCGCUGUCUCCUUCCAGAGGGAGCUUGGCGCGGGCAUCGUCCAGCGGGAACACGGCGCAGGAAAAUCAAAGACCCAGGGACUACCUGAUUCUGGCCAUCCUAUCGUGCUUCUGUCCGAUUUGGCCUGUCAACAUCGUUGGGCUCGUCUACUCCAUUAUGUCCAGGUACAGCUUGCAGCAGGGUGAUGUGGAUGGUGCACGGAGGCUGGGACUGCUCGCCAGACUUCUGAGCAUCGUUUCCAUAGUGCUUGGAAUCAUCAUCAUUACUCUUUACAUCGUCCUUAAUUUCACAGUGUACAAGUAAAUCCAGAGAAAAGGUCGGAAGCAUUGGAACGAAUACAGUCUUUCUCCUAUGUAAAGAAAAAAAAUAUGAACCAAACCCUUGCCUCACUGAAAUCAUGCAAGAUUGGUAUAGAAAGGUGGGUGGUAGUUGGGCAUUGAUGGUACUAAAUGAGAAGCGGUACUGGAACUUCAAUUAAACAGGAAUCAGAAUUUAAAAAUGAAGAUAUGCAUGCAUUAUGUGCUUGGAAAAUUAAAAACACACAAGACAAUAUGUAACUAGAAAACACAAUUACUGAAGACUGCUCCUCAUGCUCAGAGUGGCUAAAAGCAAAUGAUGAAAAUCCCCAAGGGCGAGAUCAGCUGGGGACAGUAAAUUCAGCAAAGCAAGAUCAGACAGCAUGGUAGCAACAUGAACAUGCUCCUCUCUCAUUGGCUCCCCACUCUAAUUGCUCCAUGGAUGAAAAGACUGCCAAGUCUGUAUGUAGAGCUUGAAGAUGUAGCAAAGGGACUGGAGAGUGCACAGCCCAAAAAGAAUGCACUUUACUAGUGGUUCAACCACUAGGGCAGGCUUUCCUCUUUUUAUACAGUUUUGGAUAAAGAAGAAAAAAAAAAAGGAGUUUCUGCAUGCCUUCCUAAACACACUUCAACCUUGCUGCAUGUCCUCAUUCUUCAGGUGAUUAGAUAAAAUGCAUGUGAGGACGCCUGCUCUGAAAUAACUGACUUUUAUUGACCCAUUAAGCUUCUGACAUAAUGGACACCCAUUCGACGAUGAUUACUAAUAACAUUUUAAGAAUGGGAACUGUUAAGAAUGCCUUAGAGGAGCUGUCAAGUUUAACCCUGACACGUCAUAAGGAUUUACUGCUGAAACACAUUUCUAGUAUUUUUUUCAAAUACCUUAAGGUACAGUGAAAAAUCUACAACAGUGCCAGAUGAAGGCACUAAUGUAUGAAAAAAAUCACUGCCUGCAAUAUGAAAUCUGUUCCAUUAUUAUGUAAGUAAUUAAAACAAUAUCUCAGUACAGAAGAGAGUAUGGUCGAUAUUUGAAAACUGAGCAUCUAAAAUUGUACAGUAUAUGAUUACUUUCUAUGCUGGAUUGUGAGACAAAACAAGAAGUGUAAAUGCUCAGGUGAUUUUAUUUUUCUAAAAAUGAAUAAUGUUAGCCAAUCAGGAAACAGGUUCUCUCAUUAUUCUGUAAAGACCAGUUACUUCCUAGAGCCAUACAUUUUCCACAUUAAGAGAUAUAAAGAUUUAUUAUGCAUUGCUUAAACUCAAAAACUAGAUUAUUCCAGAGAGAGAUCUCUUUUACUAAGUUAAACAUAGGCAGCAUAGUAAAUAUUUGGGGGG